UCAUCGCUUACUUCACUGACACAUUGUGUUUUCAUCCCGCCCCUCACACGGGCACACACACAUCUCGGUGAAAACCGCCCGGGUAUGCGCGUCUUUUAUUUAGUUUAAGUGUUGGUUUCUGCAAAUAGGAAGUUAUUUCAUCUUUCAGCCUUGAUGGAUAGUUUUAUGUUGCGCGGGGUUUUCUGUUUGUUAGCUGUUUGUGUGUUGAGCUCGGCAGCGCGUGGACGCAGUGAUGUGCUCGAGCUCAAAGACGCAGACUUCGAUUACAUCGCACCCGAGCACGAAACCCUGCUGGUGAAGUUUUAUGCCCCUUGGUGUGGUCAUUGUAAGAAACUUGCUCCAGAGUUUGAAACUGCAGCCACACGACUGAAGGGAACAGUAACUUUAGCCAAGGUGGACUGUACUGCUGAUACUGAGAUCUGCAAACGCUAUGGGGUCACUGGAUACCCAACACUCAAAAUAUUUCGAAACGGACAGGAAUCAUCAUCAUAUGACGGCCCACGCUCAGCUGAUGGAAUCGUGAACUAUAUGAAGAAACAGGCCGGGCCUGAUUCUGUUCCUCUGCAUAGUGAGCAUGACCUGGAGAACUUCAUCAACAACUUUGAUGCCAGCAUAGUUGGGUUUUUCUCAGGGACUGACAGUUCUCAACUCUCUGAGUUUCUUAAAGGAGCCAGUUUAAUGAGGGAGAGUUUCCGCUUUGCUCACACCACAGACCUAGAGCUGGGAAAGAAAUAUGACGUCAAGUAUGAGUCUGUGCUUCUGUUCCGACCUCCCAGACUGAGCAGUAAGUUUGAGGAGAGUGUGGUUCACCACAAAGGACCCCUGUCCAUCACAGGCCUACGCCGCUUCAUCAGAGACAACAUCUUUGGACUCUGUCCUCACCUGACCAAAGAGAAUAAGGAUACAUUGAGGAAGAGAGAUUUAUUGACGGCCUACUAUGACUUGGAUUAUCUUCGCAAUCCCAAAGGCUCCAACUACUGGAGAAACAGAGUGCUGAAGGUGGCGUCUAAGUUCAGUUCUCAGGGCCUGUUGUUUUCCGUGGCGAACCGUAAUGACUUUUUGGAGGAGCUUGAGGAUGAGUACGGACUGGGCACGUCAGACACAACUGAGGUGCCGUUUGUCACCAUCAGGACACGAACAGGAAACAAAUACACCAUGCGAGAGGAGUUUACACGAGAUGGCAAGUCUUUAGAGAAUUUUCUGGAAGACUAUUUUGCUGAGCGACUGAAGCGUUACAUUAAAUCAGAGCCCGUGCCUGCCAAAAACAAUGGAGCUGUCAAGGUGGUUGUGGCAGAUACGUUUGAAGAGAUCGUCAACGACCCAGAGAAAGACGUGCUUAUUGAGUUUUAUGCUCCGUGGUGUGGCCACUGUAAAAAACUGGAGCCCAAAUAUACAGAGCUCGGAGAACGGCUAUACAGCGAUCCCAAUAUUGUAAUCGCCAAGAUGGAUGCAACCGCCAACGAUAUCCCGCAGGGCUAUGAUGUGCAAGGAUUUCCUACAAUAUACUUUGCUGCUGCUGGCCGGAAAGAUGAGCCAAAACGCUAUGAGGGAGCGCGUGAAGUAAAGGAUUUCAUCAACUUCCUGAAGCGUGAGGCAUCCAAACCUCUCGUUCUAAAUGGAGUCAAAGAAGAGCUGUAAACAUUAAAAAGGGAAAAUUGCUAUUUGCUGCGGAACGUUGUUCAGGAAGAGUAAAGAAUCCAGCGCGAUGCUGCUGCAGUUUGGCACAUCAGUUCAGCCAUACACAUCACAUCAAAUAAAUUAGCAACAAUCAAUAACAUAAAACCAACUUUAUAUUAUACAAAGAUCUAAUAUUUAUAUUGUCCACACGAUAGAAAAUAGUGCAGGUGGCUGCUUAUGUUGAGGAGUCCUGUUUUGUUGUUUAAUCACUUUGUUCUUUGUUGCAUGAGCUCCAUUGAUUCUGUUCAUAUGUAAUACUUCCAUUUGUACAUCUACGAGUUAUCACUGUUGUUCAACAUACAUUUACAAAAACACCAAUAUUCAUGCCUUUAAUGAAAGGUAAAACUAAGCAGAUUUUAUGUGUUAGAGAGAUGGUAAUUGGUUUCAAGCACAGUUUGUGGUGUAUCAUCAAAGUUUGCAAUUGUCAUUUCUUACACCUGAUGGGUUUAGGGUUUCUUAAUCUAGGACUCAAAUUACUAAACAAAUCUGGUAUGACAUGGGUUGAACAAUUGGUUAUGUAGUUUAUUUAUUGACUAUUUAUAUAGCGUUUGGGUGUGAGAUGGAUGGUAAAUGUCCUAUCACUUUAGUAUUUUUUUUUUAUGGUAUCUAUGCCUUAAGGUGUAGUACGUAGGUAGGUAGUUUGACAUCUAAAUGAAGCUGUCUAUUCAGCAAAAGGUACUCGAUAAGCAGAAAAUGUUUAUUAAAAGAAAACUGAAUUUG